CAUUGGAUCCAUUUCUUCAUCUUCCCCCUCACCCAUUUCUUCGUCCUCCUGAGUCGCGUUCUCCUCGCAUUCGACGGCGGCGUCUCCCUCUCCGUUUCCAUUCUCCUCCUCGUUGGCCUCCAUGCUUUCUUCGACCGGAUCCUCGUCUUCUUCGUCUUCCCCCAUGUCCUCUUGAUCAUCAGCGGCCUCAGGGCUGUCUCCCUUCGCGGCCUCCAGCCCAAUGGGAUCGUCUCCAGCCAGGGCCUCUUCGUCAAGCGCGGCCUGCAGCCGGUCCAUCAACUCGGCCUUCAGUCCCUUGUCCGACAAUUGACGCUUUUUCAGCUCGUCCUUCAACUCGUUCACUUUCAGUUUUUUUACGUUAAUUGAACUCAUUUUUAUAUCUGUAUAAAAAUACUAAACUGAAACACGGUUUAAAAUGACAAAUACGGGAAAUUCUGUAAGGACGCCACGCUAUGCAAAUUGAUGUAGCUACUAGCUAUUUUUAACUGCGCCAAAUGGCAGUAGCGUUACUAGCACUUUUCAAUGGCAGAAGGGUUUAUCGGCGCAAAUGGUGGUACCAGACCCCUCCGGUAUUCAAGUGUUGGGGAAGGACUUGGGCGUGGGUUACCGUAAUAACUGAUAGAGCAGCUUAAAGGACUUAACAAUAUCCAAGCUGCCAAUGCGCAUUUUGGAGAUACCAAGCACUGCAGGCUACAUCUUUUUAGCCAUGAAAAUAAAUCAAUACAUUAAACAUGACCUCAAGGAGACACACACAUUCAAUUAUCUGUCCAUUUCCAGACCUAUACUGAACAGUGGAGGCUGGUGGGAGGUGCUAUAGGAGGACGGGCUCGUUGUAAUGGCUGGACAGGAUUUAAUGGAAAGGAGUCAAACGUGGAUUACAUAUGUUUGUUGUUUGAUGCCGUUCCAUUUAUUCCAUUCCAGCCAUUAAAAUGACCCUGUCCUCCUAUAGCUACUCCCACCAGCCUCCACUGAUACUGAAUGUCAGGUUAUUGAAGUAACAUAUCCACAAGAACACAGUAGACCUACAGUAAAAUAUGUUUCCCCACCGUUCUAAGAAUAGAUGUUCUUCUCGCCGACCUCUCGCUUUCUCAUCCAAUGGGUUUUGAGAAGGAGGCGAGGAGAGAGGAUGUUAGGAGUAUGCAAUUGAGAUUCUCCCAGACUCCUCCUUAAAAGAUCACAGAGAAUCACUCCAACUGCUUCCCAGACACUCCAACCAUAAAACCCACAACAUGACCUUGGGGCAGCAUGGGGUGCGUUCAGUUCGCUUGAACGUUUACUAUGUUGCGGAACGGCUUGUACUGAAUGACACGUUUUCCCAAAACGUUCUUGUACAUUCUUGAACAUUCUUGAACAGACUUUGAGGUACGUUUGCUAAGUUCGGUGGAUGUACCGGUGUGUGCCUUGAAGCGAUGACUUAGGUUAACUCUCAACCCCAAUUUCAGCCGUUGCCCAAUCCCUUCAAAUCUUCAAAAAAUGCAUUCAGGUGAGAAGUUGUAGGUGGGGGAAUUUCUCAUAAUAUUCAUUUUGGUGUUGUGUAAACAAAGUUGUACCUGAUCCCAACAUUUUCUCACUAAAGCACACUUACCAGAAGUCCACUGCCACGCUCUAAUAAUAUAUAUAUGUGCAUCACUAAGAAAUACAGCUCUGAACUGUGAGUUAGCUCACAGUGAUAAGGCGCCGAAAUCCUGACAUGUAUUGCCACUUGCGGUGUAGAUUCGAAUCCCCUACAGGCUGCAAAAUAAAUUAUUCGUAAUGUCACAUUUAUUGCGGCAUUGUGUUGGGAAGAAAAGUGAUAAUCACCUUGAAAAUUAAGAUUAUGGGCUUAAUUUAAUUCAACGCAUUAGCGAUUUUUACAAUAGUCAAAUUAACUCAGAUGGGUUUUGGGUACUGUAUAAAAACCUACAAGGACUACCAGGGCAACCCCUCUCACAGGUAUGGUUUCACUUUUCAGAAUUAGAAGUGUGUGGGUUUAAAGGACGUCGCACUGCUUGCUUAAAGGCGCUGCAUGGUCAAUCUGCUGUCUACAGUCGUGGUCAAAAGUUUUGAGAAUGACACAAGUAUUGGUCUUCACAAAGUUCGCUGCUUCAGUGUUAUGAGAUAUUUUUGUCAGAUGUUACUAUGGUAUACUGAAGUAUAAUUACAAGCAUUUUAUAAGUGUCAAAGGCUUUUAUUGAUUAUUACAUUAAGUUUAUGCAAAGAGUCAAUAUUUGCAGUGUUGACCCUUCUUUUUCAAGACCUCUGCAAUCCGCCCUGGCAUGCUGUCAAUUAACUUCUGGGCCACAUCCUGACUGAUGGCAGCCCAUUCUUGCAUAAUCAAUGCUUGGAGUUUGUCAGAAUUUGUGGGUUUUUGUUUGUCCACCCGCCUCUUGAGGAUCGACCACAAGUUCUCAAUGGGAUUAAGGUCUGGGGAGUUUCCUGGCCAUGGACCCAAAAUGUCGAUGUUUUGUUCCCAGAGCCACUUAGUUAUCAUUUUUGCCUUAUGGCAAGGUGCUCCAUCAUGCUGGAAAAGUCAUUGGUCGUCACCAAACUGUUCUUGGAUGGUUGGGAGAAGUUGCUCUCGGAGGAUGUGUUGGUACCAUUCUUUAUUCAUGGCUGUGUUCUUAGGCAAAAUUGUGAGUGAGCCCAUUCCCUUGGCUGAGAAGCAAUCCCACAUAUGAAUGGUCUCAGGAUGCUUUACUGUUGGCAUGACACAGGACUGAUGAUAGCGGUCACCUUGUCUUCUCCGGACAAGGUGUUUUCCGGAUGCCCCAAACAAUCGGAAAGGGGAUUCAUCAGAGAAAAUGACUUUACCCCAGUCCUUAGCAGUCCAAUCUCUGUACCUUUUGCAGAAUAUCAGUCUGUCCCUGAUGUUUUUACUGGAGAGGAGUGGCUUCUUUGCUGCCCUUCUUGACACCAGGCCAUCCUCCAAAUGUAUUCGCCUCACUGUGCGUGCAGAUGAACUCACACCUGCCUGCUGCCAUUCCUGAGCAAGCUCUGCACUGGUGGUGCCCUGAUCCCGCAGCUGAAUCAACUUUAGGAGACAGUCCUGGCGCUUGCUGGACUUUCUUGGGGGCCCUGAUGCCUUCUUCACAACAAUUUAACCUCUCUCCUUGAAGUUCUUGAUGCUCCGAGAAAUUGUUGAUUUAGGUGCAAUCUUACUAGCAGCAAUAUCCUUGCCUGUGAAGCCCUUUUUGUGCAAAGCAAUGAUGACGGCACGUGUUUCCUUGCAGGUAACCAUGGUUAACAGAGGAAGAACAAUGAUUUCAAGCACCACCCUACUUUUAAAGCUUCCAGUCUGUUAUUCUAACUCAAUUAGCAUGACAGAGUGAUCUCCAGCCUUGUCCUCGUCAACACUCUCACCUGUGUUAACGAGAGAAUCACUGACAUGAUGGCAGCUGGUCCUUUUGUGGCAGGGCUGAAAUGCAGUGGAAAUGUUUUUUUGGAAUUAAGUUCAUUUUCAUGGCAAAGAGGGACUUUGCAAUUAAUUGCAAUUCAUCUGAUCACUCUUCAUGACAUUCUGGAGUAUAUGCAAAUUGCCAUCAUCAAAAUUGAGGCAGCAGACUUUGUGAAAUUAGUAUUUGUGUCAUUCUCUAAACUUUUGACCACGACUGUACAUUGGCCGUGCAGCAUUUACGGUGAUACGGCCUCUGGAGAGUUAGGGCAUUUAUACUUCUUGCGCUUCACGGAGCAUCGCAGAGCUGUUGUGAUGGAAGUUGUCAAGGAAAUGAGUUUGUGUAUAUAAAGGACCUCCCGCCAACCAAUCAUGUAGAUGCGGAGCUAUACAACGCUAUAUGGAGCCCUCUGCGUCCCUACAACAUUUGAAGGUGUCUGUAAUAGAAUAAAUGUGUAAAAAGUGAAUGUAGACAUUAAUUCAUUUAUUUCUAUAGCUUCCAAAAUAUUUCGUACAAAGGUAAGGGAGUGCCAACACAGCGCCCCUAUUAGUAAUCUAGUUUAUAUAGAAAUCAUUGGGUGUUACCACCCAGCACAUCUAGAAGGGAGUGUAUUUCAUACUGAACACCUCCACAUCAUGAUUUCAAUGAUAGAGUUGACCUGCUAGGGGCAAAAGAGCUAGAUUUACUAGUAAACAACCAAAAUAUAUAACUUUUGCAAUGAACUGUCAAAAAUGAUGACCAGAAUUGACAUCUUUCACUAUAACUAAGUCUAAAACAUCUGGUGUCAUUAAAGUUACUCUUUAAAGGGCAGAGGUGCGUUUUGAAGCUACAACCCAACCCCUCCCUGUGUUUCAGCUGGUCAUUCAGUAUAGCAUCCUUUCUGGGAAAGUCCUACUAUGUUUUUAUCAGAGGAGUUUGCAUGGUGGGUGGAGCUAUAGGAGGACGGGCACAUUGUAAUGGCUGGUAUGGAGUAUCAAACACAUCAAACAUAUGGAAACCACAUGUUUGACUCCGUUCCAUUUAUUCAAUUUAAAAUGUAAAUGUAAAAUGAAUUCCAUUCCAGCCAUUACAAUGAGCCCGUCCUCCUAUAGCUCCUACCACCAGCCUCCACAGGUUUUUAUGUACUGAAUGCAGCCCUGGUUCAUGGAAUGUCCUCUAGACACACUCACAUAACUUCUCUUCUAGUCUGAAAACAUGUCCGCUAAUAUCUAAACAAGCAGGUCUCCCGAGUGGCGCAGUGGUCUAAGCUGUGCCACUAGAGGUUCGAAUCCAGGCUCUGUCGUAGCCGGCCGCGACCGGGAGACCCAUGGGGCGGCGCAAAAUUGGCCCAGCGUCGUCCAGGGUAGGGGAGGGAAUGGCCGGCAGGGAUGUAGCUCAGUUGGUAGAGCAUGGCAUUUGCAAUGCCAGGGUUGUGGGUUAGAUUCCCACGGGGGGCCAGUAUGAAAAAAAAAAAAAAAAAUGUAUUCACUCACUAACUGUAAGUCGCUCUGGAUAAGAGCGUCUGCUAAAUGACUAAAAUGUAAAAUUAUGUUAGGCACAAUCAUAUCCACAAACCGUUAAGAAACAGCCGAAUGGACAUGAAAUCGGUUUAUUUCACAUACAGACCAGGAUACAAAUAAAUAACAAGCCUAAGUGCCACGUCUAUAGCAAAGAUAAUUUUAUAACUACCCCAAGAUAGACCAGAGCCUGUUGUUUCCAAUGGGAGCAAAUUAAUCAUAGUGGGCAGAACAAGCAAGGAGGUGGGCAGAGCCAAGCACGAGCUAGUGAGAUACUAUUGGCGUGUUCUAGCAAUUAUUUGCAUAUUUCCGUUAAGGAACGCCUACUUUGUGAAGGUCGCGUGUGCAAUAACUCAAUUUUACCUUGCACUCCUUCUAAAUAAUAUGCCAUUUAGCAGACGCUUUUAUCCAAAGCGACUUACAGUCAUGUGUGCAUACAUUUUUACGUAUGGGUGGUCCCGGGGAUCGAACCCACUACACUGGCGUUACAAGCGCCAUGCUCUACCAAUUGAGCUACAGAGGCCCCACUAAACAACGCAAUUUAAAAAAAACUUGGACAAAACGCAGUCCACUCUCUUUGUUACAGAAUCUAGUUUUGGAAACAGAAAACUGUAUCGAGAUCAAAUUUUCAUCGUUAAGAAAAUUAGCAGAAUGUUGGCCAAAGUCCAUCUCGCUAAAUCUUCUCCCACUGCUGGCCACUGGGCUUCCUCUCAUCACCAUAUUUGGUAGGGAGUGGAAACGCCAACCGGAUGCUUCACAUUUAUACAUCUGGUGAAAUAUCUGGCACAUUGUUCUAGCUGUGUUUAUAGUUUGCACUUCACUGCCUCCCUGUGGACAACGAGGGGAAUGCACAAAGAAACGCAAUCAGUAGUGUGCCCGCACGCUCGCCUUCAUUCACAUCGCCACCACUAGCUCAACAUGACAAGUCGCGCAAGUUCGAGGACUUGGUUAGAAUAACAUAAUUGCUUAAUAUCUUUACUUAUUUUUUUUUUUACCCAUGUACAAAAAAAAAACAUGACUGACUAAAGUAGACAGCAUAUCCUUUAUCCUUGUCUUUGGCUUUGUUACAUUUUCCUUUAUAGUCAACAACCUAUUGCUAUGGCAUCUGUCACUAGGAGAGAGAAGGAGAGAUGUCCCACAGCAGGGAACCGAAGGUAUUGGGUAAGGAACGCUUGAUUUAAUAUGAACAAACAUGUUUUUUCACAUUCAGUAUUUAUCUUAAGUAGUUUAGAUAGAACUGUGCAACCCACAGCCUAAGUAUCUACUUAUUAUUUGAUGACUAAUAUGCUUUGAAAACAUUAGGUUGAAUUUAUGUUAUGAUGAUAUCAUGGUACACUCAGAAAAAAAGGUGCUAUCUAGACCCUAAAAGGGUUAUUCUACUGUCACCAUAGGAUAAACCUUUGAAGAACCCUUUUAGGUUCCAUGUAGAACCCUUUCCACAGAGGAUUCUACAUGGAACCCAAAAGGGUUCUACCUGGAACCAAAAAGGGUUAUCAUAUGGGGACAGCCCAUACCCUUUUUCAAACCUAUUUUCUAAGAGUGUAGUCAUGAUUGUUUUCUUGUCUGCAGUUUAUUAAGGAGGUAUUUGUGUAUAUUUCACAGACAACAGAUGCUCCUCAAUGUAAAUCAACCAGAUUCUACUCUGAGACUCAGACUGUGAGCGGUACAGUACUGCACGAGGACUGGAAAUCAACAGACCGCCCCUCUCCAGAGGGCGAAGGAUCCAACACCGACCCUCAUGGAGCUUUGUGUCAGAGGACAGAUUUCCUAUCCAGGGGGUCUCUGGCGGGACCCUGCGCCGGUUCCAGAUGUCCUGUGAGUGCCAGUGGAUUUGGCACUGUUGGACACACCGUGGUGGGAAGUUGGAGUGUUCGGAAAUCUGACGGAAAAGUUAUUUGUGAGCAUUGCACCGCAACUGUGGCUGCACUGAAGAGACAGGCACUGAGCCUCAUCAUUCCUCAAUAUGUCUUAUGCAAGGUAGGCUGAUCACUGCAUCACUUUCUCUGGAAAUGUGUUCUAUGUAGUAAGUAGUAGCAUACAUUGUAGUGAUACAAUAUACUUUAUAACCAAUGCCAUAUAGGAACAAUUUAAGAGGUUUUGAAUUUAAAUGGUCAGAAAAUGUGACUUAGAGGAUUUGCCAAAGAUUUGCCAUAGGUUUUAGGAUUUGCCACACAUUUGAGCUGUUUAUUAACAAAGCCUAAUCAAAAUGGAUUGUCACAUACUUAGACAUUUUUUUCUGAUUUUGAAUUUGUAGCAGACACCAGUUCUAGUCAUUCAGACUCAUAGAGGAUAUCCCUAGAGUGAACUGAUUCAAACUGAUAUAAAUAUUUUAAUAAAACAACUGAAACCCCUAUAACCUCAUCAGCAGAGGCAACAUAAAACAUUUGCUUACCUCUCCUACAGAGAGGGACAUGAAAUAGAACAGGAUGUUUUAAAAUAAACCACAGGCCAUUUAUAUGUGGAGAGAAUACCUCAUUUUUCAGACAAAGACAGUCAGUAGAAAUCUGAUAAUGGCUUCUUGUAGUGUAUUGACUUCCAGACCAGGGCCAUAAUGAGAUCUGUCCUGUUAUGAAUCAGAAAGAAAAUACUUCCUUAAAUAUUUAGGAGGGAGAAACAGGUCUCUGACAGCCUGGUCCGAGGUCUGUUUCCGCUGUUUACCAACUCCUAUGGUCGUUGUUUUGCAUGGUUCCAGAUCUGUUUGUCUUUUUGCUAUGACAAACAAACAACCAGAUGUUGUCUAUACAGCACAAACAGAUCUGGGACCAGGCUAGGUCUCUGAUGUCUCAGCUUUUGGGUUGGAGUUUGUUUGGGCACAUCUGCUUUUUCUGGUUGACUUUGUUUUUUGCAAUAGUACAGUAGUUUGGGACUCAGAAUGUGGUUCAUUGACGUUAACAGCUUGCGAGAGAUACGUUUUGGAACGGAAGUUAAGGGAGUACAAGGACACAGAAAUGAAUGUAUGCCAUGCCACCAUCUCUGUUCUAUGACAGAUGCCAUUAUAAUGAUUGAUUCUGGAAAUCAGGGUACUUGUUACCGUGCCACAUUUUGAUACAUAGUUUCCUCAAUGUCAGUCUUCAAUGGUGAUCAAUUAUCAACAUUUUCCACUUUUGUAAUUCACUGUGUUGGGUUAUUUUUGUGAUUUAAUUAGACUUGAUGCAUAGAACCAUAUUAUAUAUCCCUUUUACGUUCACUCUAUAGGAUUCAACCUUGUCAGCCUAUCUCCACGACAACCUCCAAGCCCACAGCACUACCAUAGGCAACUGGGCUGUGGAGGAGGAGCAGAGUGGCUGUGACGUCUGUGGUGCCCACCUGAUCCAGCUGAAGCAGGAGGCCAUCCACCUGAUCCUAGCCAGGGAGGAGCGUGCCAAGUGGGCCACUCCACCUAUCGCCAAGCCCCUUCCUGGAUCCAUCUCCACCAAAACAGCACAGUCUAGCCCCCACCUCUCAGCCUUUUCCAGGAGCCAGAGCACCCCUGCCAAGCCCUCCCCUGGAUCUGGAUCCACCACCUUCAACACAGUAGCACCAAACCCCCACCUCUCAGCCUCCAGCAGGACCCAAAACUCCCCCAAGACACACCCUAAGAGGGUCUUGAAGCCCUCCUCCAGGAUUGAUAGAUGGGUUGAGGAGCAGCAGCACCUGGCCUCCUCCAUAUCAAUGUCAAGCAAUAACGGAGUCCCAAUCUUCCCCUACCAGGUACUCUACAGUCUACAUCUAAAGCCUAUAAGCUGUAUAUCAUGACAUUGCUCUGAUAUGGUUGUAGCUUUCAUUAUUAUGGAUUAUAAUGGAGGCUAUAUCAACCAUUGAAAGACAAUGUCAUGACACAUCCCCUACCAGGUAAGGGUACUGUACAUCUAAAAGCUGUAUAUCAAGACAUUGCUCUGACGACUGUAGUAUCCGCCGUUAAUAUGACUUACAGCACAUUUAAAAAGUAUUCAGACCCCUUGACUUUUUCCACAUUCUGUUACAUUACAGCCUUAUUCUAAAAUGUAUUAAAUUGUUUGUUUUCCUCAUCAAUCUACACACAAUACCCCAUAAUGACAAAGCAAAAACAGGUUUUUAGAAAAUUUUGCUAAUGUAUAAAUUAGGUGCCUUUUGGCAAACUCCAAGUGGGCUGUCAUGUGCCUUUUACUGAGGAGUGGAAUCCAUUUGGCCACUCUACCGUAAAGGCCUGAUUGGUGGAGUGCUGCAGAGAUGGUUGUCCUUCUGGAUGAUUCUCCCAUCUCCACAGAGGAACUCCGGAGCUCUAUCAGAGUGACCAUCGGGUUCUUGGUCACCUCCCUGACCAAGGCCCUUCUCCACCAAUUGCUCAGUUUGGCCAGGCGGCCAGCCCUAGGAAGAGUCUGGGUGGUUCCAAACUUCUUCCAUUUAAGAAUGAUGGAGGCCACUGUGUUCUUGAGUACCUUUAAUGCUGCAGAUAUUUAAAUAAGUUAUUUCUGUUUUUAAUACAUUUGCUAAAAUUUCUAAAAACCAGUUUUUGCUUUGUCAUUAUGGGGUAUUGUGUGUAGAUUGAUGAGGAAAAUAAGUAAUUUAAUCCAUUUUAGAAUAAGGCUGUAGCGUAACAAAAUGUGGAAAAUGUAAAGGGAUCUGAAUACUUUCAGAAUGCUGUAACAGAGUAGAUCAUGGCACAUCCCCUGCUUGCACAUCCUUUUAUGGACUUAGCUAUCUGUAAGGCCUGAGGAGAUAAUGCUCUUAUAGAAAGUGUUGUCACUGUCAGCCUGUGAUUAGGAGGAGAGGAAAGGAGAGGAGAAACAAGAGGAGGAAAUGAGAGGAGUGGAGAGGAGAGGAGAGGAGAAACGAGAGGAGAGGAGAGGAGAGGAGAUGAGCGGAGAGGAAAGGGGGGAGAGGAGAGGAGGAGAGACAAGAUGAGGAAAUGAGAGGAGGAGGGAUGAGGAGAGGAGGAGGAGGAGAGGAGAGGAUGGAAGAGGAGAGGAGGGAGGAGGGAGGUAGGGAGGGAAGAGGAGGGGACUAGGGAGAGGAGAGGAUGGAUAGUAGAGGAAGGAGGCAGGAGGGAUAGGAGGGAAUCAGGAGAGGGGGGGAAGAAAGAGGGGAAGAGGGAAGAGAGGGAAGAUGGAAGAUCUGAAAGCAGAUGGGUGAGGUAGGGAAGAGAGGAAUAAAGGGGGAGAUAGGAGACGGGGGAGGGAAGAAAGGAUUUAGAGGGAAGGGGAGAGGAGGAGAUGAAGGCGGAAGAGGGUGGAGGGUCUAGGGGGGAAUCCUUUCAUUUAGAGUAGUAAGAGGAUAUUCUUUCCUGGAGAGGAGGGAGAGGAGCGGAGUAAAAAGGAUACUAUUUUAUAGAGAGUGUUGUUUCACUGUCAGUCAUGUGAUUUAUGGCGUCCAUCAGCCCCAAUUAGAUCCAGCCGGACUCAUAUAAAAAACGACUGGUGAAUAUUCAUAGUGCAGUACUAUAACCCCCACAGUGCUAGCCGGUUAAUACAGCCAGGACGGGAGUGGAUGGAUGGAAAGCAUUUGAGGGGCCUUUAGUAGGCUACAGUAGCUUGUUCAGACAGAGAUGCUUAUACUGUAUCUAUGCAUGCUUCCCAAAUGGCACCCUAUUCCCUAUUUAGUGCACUACUUUUGACCGUCUAUGGUAGGGCUCUGGUCAAAAAUAGUGUACUAUAUAGGGAAUAGAGUACCAUUUGGGACUCAGCCUACAGUGAGGGAGUAAAGGAUUUGAUUCCAUGCUGAUUUUAUACGUUUGUCCACUGACAAAGAAAUGAUCAGUCUAUAAUUUUAAUGGUAGAUUUAUUUGAACAGUGAGAGACAGAAUAACAACAAAAAAAUCCAGAAAAACGCAUGUCAAAAAUGUUAUAAAUUGAUUUGCAUUUUAUUGAGGGAAAUAAGUAUUUGACCCCUCUCAAUCAGAAAGAUUUCUGGCUCCCAGGUGUCUGUUAUACAUGUAACGAGCUGAGAUUAGGAGCACACUCUUAAAGGGAGUGCUCCUAAUCUCAGCUUGUUACCUGUAUAAAAGACACCUGUCCACAGAAGCAAUCAAUCAAUAUGAUUCCAAACUCUCCAGCAUGGCCAAGACCAAAGAGCUCUCCAAGGAUGUCAGGGACAAGAUUGUAGACCUACACAAGCCUGGAAUGGGCUACAAGACCAUCGCCAAGCAGCUUGGUGAGAAGGUGACAACAGUUGGUGCGAUUAUUCGCAAGUGGAAGAAACACAAAAUAACUCUCCCUCGGCCUGGGGCUCCUUGCAAGAUCUCACCUCGUGGAGUUGCAAUGAUCAUGAGAACGGUGAGGAAUCAGCCCAGAACUACACGGGAGGAUCUUGUCAAUGAUCUCAAGGCAGCUGGGACCAUAGUCACCAAGAAAACAAUUGGUAACACACUACGCCGUGAAGGACUGAAAUCCUGCAGCGCCCGCAAGGUCCCCCUGCUCAAGAAAGCACAUAUACAUGCCCGUCUGAAGUUUGCCAAUGAACAUCUGAAUGAUUCAGAGGAGAACUGGGUGAAAGUGUUGUGGUCAGAUGAGACCAAAAUGGAGCUCUUUGGCAUCAACUCAACUCGCCGUGUUUGGAGGAGGAGGAAUGCUGCCUAUGACCCCAAGAACACCAUCCCCACCGUCAAACAUGGAGGUGGAAACAUUAUGCUUUGGGGGUGUUUUUCUGCUAAGGGGACAGGACAACUUCACCGCAUCAAAGGGACUGUGGACGGGGCCAUGUACCGUCAAAUCUUGGGUGAGAACCUCCUUCCCUCAGCCAGGGCAUUGAAAAUGGGUCGUGGAUGGGUAUUCCAGCAUGACAAUGACCCAAAUCACACGGCCAAGGCAACAAAGGAGCGGCUCAAGAAGAAGCACAUUAAGGUCCUGGAGUGGCCUAGUCAGUCUCCAGACCUUAAUCCCAUAGAAAAUCUGUGGAGGGAGCUGAAGGUUCGAGUUGCCAAACGUCAGCCUCGAAACCUUAAUGACUUGGAGAAGAUCUGCAAAGAGGAGUGGGACAAAAUCCCUCCUGAGAUGUGUGCAAACCUGGUGGCCAACUACAAGAAACGUCUGACCUCUGUGAUUGCCAACAAGGGUUUAACCACCAAGUACAAAAUCAUGUUUUGCAGAGUGGUUAAAUACUUAUUUCCCUCAUUAAAAUGCAAAUCAAUUUUUAACAUUUUUGACAUGCUUUUUUCUGGAUUUUGUUGUUGUUAUUCUGUCUCUCACUGUUCAAAUAAACCUACCAUUAAAAUGAUAGACUGAUCAUUUCUUUGUCAGUGGGCAAAUGUACAAAAUCAGCAGGGGAUCAAAUACUUUUUUCCCUCACUGUAUAUCUCCAUCAGUUCAUUGGGGAGGGGUAUAAAACAAAAAAGAAGAGUAGUGGAAGAACUUAACUUUACCCUGCACCCUCCAACCCCCCCAUCUCAUUCCACAUGUCAGUCAUGCCCCAGGGUCCGUCAUGGCUCUAAUUGGUAUUACAUGGCUGGAUGUCUCCAGGAGCAGUAGAGAGAGGAGAACAUGGUUGUUAUCUUGCCCUAGAAAGCUGAAACAUUGAUGAGACAGUAGAGCUGCAGAGGGGGCCACUAUAAAACAAGUCUCUGGCUGUCAUUUUCGCUCUCAGCCAAGACUUCAUAUGAACACAUACAGGGAGUAGAGAGAAGGCCACAGCUUCCUGUCAAUGUAACACACACACACACACAGACACAGACACAGACACACACACACCAGGGAUGGAGGGAAGGGAAAGCAGCGUUGAGUUCAGAGUGGGACUCUUCACACACAUCCUCUGCCUCGGGAGUAUGUGCUGUGUAAUAGUGAGAUGCAGUACGUUCAGAGUAUGUUCAGUAGGGGCACUGAGUCUGAAUGUCUGAGUCAUGUCUCAAUUCAACCUAUCUAUAUGUCCCAUGUGUGACACUACUAGUCUAUAUGUAGAGCUAUAUGAUGAAUGUCCCAUUAACCCAAUGUGCUUUCAUCCUAAUGCCCCACAUCUACAGAUGAACCACUGAUGAGCCACUCUUGGUCUAAUUGCCUUAGUUCUACUCUGUGAGCUUUUAUUCAGUCUCGGUUGGUAUUAGGCAAAAUGCCAAUUUUAACCUUCUGACUAAUCUAGCCUGGUCCCAUACCAGCCAAUUCUUCUAUCAUUGUGAAGCCAUACUUUGGCAUGACAUUGAACAAACUCAAAGAGGAGUUGGCUACUAGCCCAAACAGACAGGACCGCCAGGCUAUGGAUAUUCUAAACCUAAAGAUGAUCCUUCUCCUUCUCUCCACAGUUUUCAGAGGAGUUCUCAGAGGGACAGAGUGAGACUGUGCCGGUUCAGAGCAGUCCAAUGACUCCUGCAACCUUCUCCUUUCUGGUCAGGUACUGUAUGUGUAAAGCUGGUCAGUUAGAUGUCUACAGAGUAGACAUGGGUUCCUUCAGGUAGCUUUUAAAUGAAUGAUUAAAACAAAUCUUACAUAAUUAAUCUGUUUCUCAAUCAUCAUUGAGAAUGUACCUACUGUGUUUUUGAAAGGUCCACAUCCUGUCUUUCCACAGGGCAGCCCAGAAAAUGAACCUGACGUCGAGGAGGAAGGGCCAAAGGUCCGCCCCCUCUCCCGUGGGUCCUCGCCCCCAUUACACCACCUGCUACAGGGGCAUCAUCCAAAGGUCUCCACCCCCAAUCCCCACCUGCCUCCUUCAAGCUGCCAACAGAGUCAAAGAUGCACCUAA